GGAUAGAGAAACAUGGCGUCAAAAUUCCAUUUCGUCUUCUUCUCCACUCCCCCUCCUUUUUUUUUCCCAUUUUUCACAAAGCAAACUCCUUCCUUAUCUCUGUCCUUCCAGUUCCGCCACUGCUGCUCCUUACGGACGACCAGCCGCCUUCCCCUUUCCCCUCUUCUUCCCCAACCUCGACCAAUCAUUACCCAUCUCCCCAAAAACUACUUAUCUUAAGAUUCCAUUUCUAUCCCACAAUUGUUUUUCCUGUUUUCACAGACGCCAUUGUUCUGCUCACUUCGAAGCAUACUUGUGCCAACCAUUUUGCUUUUAAAUAUCAUCCAAUCUCUUAAUUUCAUGGUGUCCCUCCUUGGCGGAUUGAUGUUUUAUCUUUUUCACCAGGUAAUUGAUGAACGGAAGAUUGAGGAUGAACCACUGUGUUCCUGAUUUUGAAAUGGCCGACGAUUUCUCUCUCCCAACAUUCUCUAGUUUAACCAGGCCGAGAAAAUCGUCUUUGCCGGAUGACGACGUGGUGGAGCUGCUAUGGCAGAACGGCCAAGUGGUGACGCAUAGCCAGAACCAGAGGUCGCUUCGUAAAUCUCCGCCGUCUAAAUUCGACGUUUCGAUUCCGCAAGAACAGGCGGCGACGAGAGAGAUCCGGCCGUCGUCUCAAUUGGAGGAGCAUCAUGAACUUUUUAUGCAAGAAGAUGAAAUGGCCUCUUGGCUCAAUUAUCCUCUCGUUGAGGAUCAUAACUUCUGCUCCGACCUCCUCUUCCCCGCCAUCACUGCUCCUCUUUGCGCCAAUCCUCAACCAGACCUCCGACCUUCUGCGACGGCGACGCUCACUCUUACGCCGCGGCCGCCGAUUCCGCCCUGUCGGAGGCCUGAAGUGCAGACAUCUGUGCAGUUCUCCAGGAACAAGGCAACGGUCGAAUCUGAGCCAUCUAAUUCAAAGGUCAUGGUCAGGGAAUCAACGGUGGUUGAUUCUUGCGACACGCCGUCUGUGGGGCCGGAAUCUAGGGCUUCGCAGAUGGCAAGGAGGAAGCUGGUGGAGGUGGUGAAUGGCGGCGGUGUGCGGUAUGAGAUUGCUCGCGGCAGCGAUGGAGUCAGAGGUCCAUCGGUAGGUGGCGACGGCACCGGAGAGAAAGAAAUGAUGACUUGUGAAAUGUCUGUCACUUCUUCCCCCGGUGGCUCUAGCGCCAGCGCCGAACCUGCUUGCCCGAAACUAGCUGUAGAUGACCGGAAGCGGAAAGGAAGAGCUCUCGACGAUACUGAGUGUCAAAGCGAGGACAUUGAGUACGAAUCUGCUGAUCCAAAGAAACAAUUGCGGGGGUCGACGUCAACGAAGCGAUCUCGUGCUGCUGAGGUUCACAACCUCUCGGAGAGGAGACGUCGCGAUCGGAUAAACGAGAAGAUGAAGGCUUUACAGGAACUCAUCCCUCGAUGCAACAAGACCGAUAAGGCUUCGAUGUUGGAUGAAGCGAUUGAGUACUUGAAGACGCUUCAGUUGCAAGUGCAGAUGAUGUCGAUGGGAUGUGGAAUGAUGCCGAUGAUGUUCCCGGGUGUUCAGCAAUACUUGCCACCUCCAAUGGGGAUGGGAAUGGGCAUGGGAAUGGAAAUGGGCAUGAACAGACCAAUGAUGCAAUUUCAUAAUCUCCUGGCAGGUUCAAACUUGCCAAUGCAAGCUGGAGCCACGGCAGCAGCUCAUUUAGGCCCGAGAUUCCCUCUCCCUCCCUUUGCAGUGCCUCCUGUUCCUGGUAAUGAUCCAUCCCGAGCUCACGCAAUGAGUAAUCAACCAGGUCCGAUGGCUAACUCAGUUGGAACACAAAAUACAACCCCACCUUCAGUCUUGGGGUUUCCUGAUUCUUAUCAGCAGUUUCUUAGCCCGACACAGAUGCAGUUUCAUAUGACACAACCUCUACAGAAUCAGCACCCGGUUCAACCAAAUACGAGCAGACCAUGUACUAGCAGGGGCCCCGAAAACCUUGAAAAUCAUCAAUCAGGUUAAUAUUUGAAUGAAUGGACUCAAGAAACACAAUUGGCAAGGAAGUUUUGGCGCAUAUUAGAGAGCGUCUAAAGCUUCAAACAUGCGCGUCUGCUGCUUGCUAAUACAAUAUAUAUCACAAAUAACAUGUAACGACCACGUCCCUGUAAAUAUAAAUCUACACCCCUUUUAUGUUUUUGAUCUUACUAUUUAUCUUUCACGCCAUCAUCGUCCUUUUCCUGACUUGUGGUUCUGUUAGAUUGUGAUAGAAAGAAAGUAGAGUUACAGAUGGUCAUGGGGAAACUGUUGCUUUUACACGAAACUAUUGUGUUGCAUUUGGUCGGGGUCAGGUCCGGGAUGAUGAUGCUGAUAGAUCCAACUUGAUGUGGUCAAUUAUCGUUGUCGUCAUCAUCAUUGGGAGGCAUCAAAGUAUUCCAAACUCCAACUUCAGAGCCAUUUCCAUGUUUUUUUCCUGGACCAUGGUUUCUACUGCAUGAUAUAUUAUAUAUUCUUCACUUCACAAAGUUGUUGCUCAAGAUUCUUUUUCCUACAUCAUAAUAAAACUUGUUUCAUACCCAUCUCAACUUGCACUCGGAAUAUAAAUUCUCAAUCAUCCAUGGAGAGAUCUCCAUAGAUAUUUUGUUUUGUUUCUACUUCUGUGGUUUCCACUGAACUUUCAAAGUUAUAUGAAAGUGGAAGAUCAGCAAAUUCACUGUGAAGAUGAGAGAAGAUUCAUUUUUCUUUGGGAGAUGAGAAUGUGAACUAGGGGCAUUUUUGGUAUAGUAAUAUUUUUUUUCAUUUUUUUCUUUUCUUUAUAGGGUGGUGGGGGGAAUAGUUUUUAGUAUGGAACCAUUGAAGGUGACAUCCCUCUUAUUCAAUAUAAAAUGCAUAACUUUUCUAUUAUUCUAA